UGCAGCUGUAGAGAAACACAAUUUUUGUUUAAUGAGGAUAUAUAUUUUAUUCAGGUUUUCCUUAUUUUCAGUUCACAUUCAGGAAAAUCAAAAGAGGAAGAUCAGGGAAGCGAAAGACAAGAAUGUAGAGCAAGAGGAUAAGUCCUUGAAAAAAAUGAAGAAACACCGACUUUCUCAAGAUACAACUGUGACAGCACAUCAGUGUCUACUUACUGCUGAAGCAAGUACCUUCAUCAGGGUUCCCAAAGAUCAUAUCUUAGAAGGGUCGAAGACGUCCAUUAUUUUGAAGCCAUCAAAUAGAAAAGAAGAAAGAAAUAAUUUGAAGAUAGUCAAGAAGGAAGAUGUAUCUGUUGGAAGAGGGCAAGUCAUGAUGGUUCAGAAGAAAAUAACGCACAAUUUGUCUGAUAGCAGAUAAUAAACUAUUUUUUGAUAAUGUAAUUGAGUCAGAGGUGACUCCCAUCAAUCUUACUUCCUUUA